AUGAGCAAACUCAAUCAGCCUACAUCUGAACCUUGGAAAACUGCCAUGACCAGAGCUAAUACGCUCAUUUGUUUACAAAUCAUAAUUGAUAAUAAACCAUUAUGUAUUGGUACAUACCAUAUGCCAUGUCUUUACUAUCUACCCGAUGUCAUGGUAAUUCAUUCUUCGAUUGUAAAAGAUUUGAUGUUUCAAUUAGCAGCUGGACAAGAUUUUAUUUUAGCAGGUGACUUCAACUUCGAACCUCAAAGUCUCUCUUAUCAAGUUUUAACAGAAAAAAAUUAUGUUGGCUACAAUUUACCGGAAUCUAAUACAUAUGAAAUCUCUUAUCGACUUAAUAAUGAACAAAUAUUGAAGAGUGCCUAUCAAGAGAAGAAUGGAAGCGAACCUAGUUACACAAAUUACUCGCAUACAUCGAGUUCACCAAAAUACUGUGGGACACUGGAUUACAUCUUUUUUACUGGCCAUCUUACAGUAGAAAACGUAUUGGAAUUACCAGAUAAUCCAACAAGUGAAUCGUAUCCUGAUGAAACACAUCCUUCAGAUCAUCUAAUGAUUGCCGCAACAUUUCAAUUGUGA